AUGCAGCCUCAGAACCAGUUGAUGGCUAUUUCAAAACCUCAGAACCUAGCUCUACAUGAACAAAGUGAGGCCUUGAGAACAGAUAUGUCUUGGAGACAUAUGACCAUCAUGGAGACAUAUGACUCUGAAGCAUCUCGUCAAAAGUUCAGAAGUCUCCAAUAUUUGGAAGUGUCUGAGCCCCGUGAAGCCCUGAGCCAACUUUGGAAGCUCUGUCUUCAGUGGCUGAGACCAGAGAUUCAUACAAAGGAGCAAAUUCUACAGCUGUUGGUGCUGGAACAAUUCAUGACAGUCCUCCCUGACGAAGUCAAGACCUGGGUGAAUUUACAGCAUCCAAAGAACAGCAAAGAUAUGGUGACCCUCAUAGGGGAUGUAAUUGAAAUGCUCAAAGAUGAAGAUACACCCUGCAAUGACUCUGUCCUCCAGAAGAGUAGCAGCAAGGAGAAGCAAGUGGAAGCUGACUCACCAGCAGACAAACCCCAGGAACCAGUGGCAUUCAAAGACGUGGUUGUGGAAUUCAACGAGGAAGAAUGGGGGCAGUUGGACCCUUCUGUAAAGAGACUAUACAGGGAUGUGAUGCUGGAGAAUUAUAGGAACCUGAACUCUUUGCAAAAAGCUCAUCUGCUUUCCAAACCAGAUGAAAUCCCUAACCUGGAGAGUAAGAAAAAAAGAUGGCUAAUUGAGGGAGAAAUGCCAGGAAUGACCAUGUUGGAUGUACAGACUAUUUCAGAAAACCAGGAUGCAGUAUCAAAACAGAGGGUUUCUGUAGAAGAAUCAUCCCAAGAAGUAAUUAUGACAAUGCUUACCAAAAUUAGACAUCCUCCCUCAACUCUCUGGAAAAGUGAGGAUUGGUUACAUAAGAACCAGAAGAACCAGGACAUAAAUUUGCCACAAGAGGCUUUCAUUCAUAAGACAGUUUACACUGAGGAGAAAGACUCUGAAUGUAAUGAAAAUAAGAAAAACUUUAAGUCAAUUAACUUUAUUUGGGAUGUACAACAGAGAAUUCCUACAAGAAAGGGGUCCACAGAGGGCUCUAACACUAACUUCAAAUUUAAUUUAGAGUCUGUAGAUAAGCAACAUGCCAAAUAUAAUGAAGGUGGACUUACCUUAAGCCUAAGUAUGCAUAAUAUUCAACCCCAAAAAAGUCAUACUACAGGGAUUUCCUAUGAAUGUUGUCAGUGUGGGAAAGCCUUCAGCCGAAGUUCAUCUCUCAUCCGACAUCAGAUCAUUCACACUGGAGAGAAACCCUACAAAUGUAGUGAAUGUGGGAGAUUCUUCAACCGACACACAAACCUUAAGAAACAUCAAAAAAUUCAUACUAAGGCAAAAGCCUGUGAAAGCAGUAAGUGUGGAAAAGCCUUCUGUAAGAAUGAAGACAGUAAUAGAUAUCCAAGACACUGUUCUGGAAACAAUCCCUAUGUAUGUGUUGACUGUGGGAAAUCCUUCAACCGCAGCUCCUCCCUCAUUCGACAUCAGAUGAUUCAUACAGGAGAGAAACCAUUCGAGUGUAAAAAGUGUAAGAAAACCUUCAACAGACAUUCAAACCUUACUAAACAUCAAAAACUUCAUACCCAAGUUAAAUCCUGA